AGUGGCUCGCCCGGGGUUCGGGGCACGGAGCCGGCGGGGGCGAUGCGGCUGGCGCUGGGGGUUCGGGAGCGGGUGGCGGCGGUGCACAGCGGCUCGGCGCUGCCCGAGCGCCUGCGGCUGUACGAUGGCUGGGCUGAGGGCUACGAGCAGGAUGUGGCGGCGCUGGAGUACCGAGCACCGCACCUGGCCGCCGCUUCGCUCGCCUUCGCCUUCCCCACGGCGCCCGCUGAGGCUCGGCUGCUCGACGUGGCUUGUGGCACCGGGCUUGUAGCACGAGAGCUCCACCGCCGUGGCUUCCGCUGCCUGCACGGCGUGGAUGGCAGCGCGGGGAUGCUGGAGCGGGCGCAGAGCACCGGGCUCUACCAGCAGCUGUGGCGGUGUGUCCUGGGCCAGGAGGCCCUGCCCGUGCCCUCAGAGCAUUACGACGCCGUAACGCUGGUGGGAGCCCUGGGCGAGGGGCAGGUGCCGACCACGGCCGUGCCGGAGCUGCUGCGUGUCACCAAGCCAGGAGGGCUCAUCUGCCUGACGACAAGGAGCAACCCCUCGAACCUGCGGUACAAGGCAGAGCUGGAGGCAGCGCUGGAGAGGCUGGAGAAGCAGGGAGCCUGGCAAAAGCCCUCUGUAGUCUUUCCCAGAGGACUGUUGGAGAUCCCCAUCACCAUGUCCUGUGGUCCUCCAUCCUCAUCCUCCCCAGGACAUGCUGAGGUGCAGGACACCUCCACAUCCAAACCAGGAGCAGCUGCACCCAGCUGAAGAAGCUUUCCAAGCAUCACAUCAGCCUUUCAACCCACAAUAUCUGUUUAAGUCUCUGAUUUUCCUACAGCUUUAUAGUUAAUGGUCUGGGUGGGAAGGAAAGCUGGAAAGGACUUGAGGAGUUGGUGGCUGCUCCCCACCCAGGAGCCACCCAGCAUCACCUGCCCAGCCUGUUCCCCAAGCCCCUUGCCGUGCUGCCUCCACCCCUCCUCCUCCACUGCUCCCCUGGGAAGUUUUUUACCCAAAUCUCUUGCUGGGAUAUUUCCUUUUUCCCUUUUCCCUCAGACCUGUUCCUGCCUCUCCCAUUCCCAUAGGUUAGAUUACUUCCUCCCCCUCUGGAGCUCUUCCCUGGCAGAACAACAUGCCCACAAUUGUCCCCGUGCCCACCAGGGACAUCUCCCUUCUCCCACACUCACUCUCCCUGUGCAUCUUGUCACCUCUGCACUUUGCCCUCCCCUAGGUAUUGGGGUCCCAGUGCUGCCAUGCUUCCUUCUACCUCUAUCUGUCCCUAGCACUGUCCUCUGGGCAACUGGGGUUCAUGGCUGGCCCCAUCCCUGCACUUGGCUCUUUAAUAAACGCCCUGCUAGCA